AUGGAUUUGGCAAAGCAGCUCGUGCGCUCCUGCGUGCGCGCUUUCUACCAACAGCCCAGCUUCGACGUCCGUCAUGUCCUCGUUAUUGACGCCUUGGUCAUUCACUCAGCGCUGCGCGACGAUGAUCUUGCAUACCUUCUCAGCAUGACGGCGAUGAAGGACCUACACAAGCUCUGCGCGAAGCUCAGGGAUGACCGCUUCCUGGCGAUACACGUACGGUCAGAGCUCAAGGAAGGAUCCGUACGCCCUGUCAACCGUACCUACUACUACAUCGAUUACCGUCAAACGAUCGACUUUAUAAAGUGGAGGGUUUACAGGCUGGGCAAGGAUAUGCAGGUACCGACCGUACCGGCGAACGAGCGCAAGGAGUAUGUUUGUCCCAGAUGCAAAGCAGACUACACCCAGCUGGAGGUCCUCGACAACGUGGGCGCCCAGGGUUUCCUCUGCCAGAGAUGCAACCACGUUCUCAACCACGAAGCGGAGAGGACCUCGGCUGGACACGAGAAGGUGACCCGGCUCAACAACCAACUGAAGUUUAUCACCGACUUGUUGCUUCGCAUAGACAGCGUCAUCAUUCCGGACAAUAAUUUCGAAUUCGCCAUACAGAGUGGCUUGCCGGUCGUCAGAGAUGCCCAACAUCAGGUCGCAAAGAGUACCGUCGUUGAACAAGCCAGGCCUACCAGUGUGAAGGGCCUAGCGGACACGGGUCCCAAGAAGAUCGAUAUCAAUAUCUCAAACUCGGAAGGCCCGACAGAGGAGGAGAAGGAGGCAGAACGUUUGCGCAAGGAGAAGCUUGCUAAACAGAACGAGUUACCAGAGUGGAUGUCGAGCAGUACGGUCAAUGGAGCCGCGUUCUCUGCCACAGGAGCCGGAGGUACUACGGUGACAAAUUCCGACACAGGCAAAGAGACCCUGAAACGGCCGCAAGCCAUAGACGAGACGGAGGCCCAGAAGCUAAGCAGCUAUAUGGAGAACCUGAAGAGGGAGCAGGCGGCCCUCGCGGCGAAGAAGGACGAGUCCUCUGAUGAGGAGGACGAGGAGGGAGACUUUGAGGAUGUUGUUGCGACGCCACCAGUGAACUCCUCGUCUAUCCCCACGGGCACAGCAAUAAAACCUGCACCUUCGCCACUUCGACAAUCCAGUGUGCCAGUCAAGAAUGAGCCCGGAGUGACCAUCAAGCGCGAGGGUGACACCAACGGUUCAGGAAUAAAACGUGAGAGCCCUGGUUCAGACGAUAGGCCCGCCAAGAAAGUCAAGGUCGAGGAGCCCGCAGAAGACGAUGGAGAUGAUGAUGAAGAGGACAUGGAGUUUGAGGAUGUAUAA